AUGACAUCUAAUAACAUUGAAGAUGCACUUGGGUUGAUAGGAGAAGCCCAAAGAUUGCUUGAUGUUAGAAACUACUUGCCAUCUAAGACAGCGGGAGCUUUUAGAUCAAUCAUCCCUAUAGGUUCCCUUUAUGAUGUUAGUUUGCUUCAUUCUUUCAUUGAUAAAUAUAAGCACGAUGCGACAGGAGCCCAAACCAAAUUGAGUAACGCAGAAAGACAAAUAAGCAAUUGUUUCCAAGCACUAGAUAGAGAAAUAUCGAACAAGGGUGGUCAAAUAACUUCGCUAAUUGAUCAACUAACGACCGCUCAAGGUCAGAAUUCAAGACAGAUUACCGAAAUAAAUGAACUUAAUGUGCAAUUGGGAGAAAAACAAGAACAACUCGAUGCAGUUCAAAGUGAAUUAAAAGAUUUUGAAGGUAGUGGUAAAUCUGCACUUGCCAAUGUAAUUACUGAAACUAAUAAUUUCAAAGAAAGUGAAUACUGUGUUAGUGAAACCAAGGAGGGUAAACUUGAGAAGUUUACUGCAAAGAAUGGAAUAAAGUAUCACAUAAUUGAUACUAUCGGAAUUAAUGACACAGAAUUGUCUACACAAGAGACAUUGAAAAAAUUAAAAGAAACGACUCGUCAAAGUAAUUACAACUUAAAUCAAGUUUUACUUGUGUUUGGCGGAAGAUUUACAAAAGCAGAAACAAAAGUAUUUAACUUGAUAAAAGAGAAAUUGUUUAAGGACAAUGAGGAUAUUGCUAAGUUUAUUACUCUUGUCAGAACUAAUUUCGCAGAUUUCCGAAAUGAAAAUAAAUGUAAAAAUGAUAUUGAUCGUUUAAAAACGCAAAUCGGGAAGGAGAUUGUUGAAUCGUGUGGAGAAGGUAAAAUCAUUCAUUUAGAUAAUCCACCAAUAAACAUCAGCGGCGGCGACAGUGAAAUGGUAGAAACUCAGAUUAACCUAAAUAAAAAAAUCCGUGAGUUAUCGAGAAAAAAAAUAUUGGAUCACUUAUUAUUUCAUUGUCAAGAAAAUUUCCAAGACCAAGAAGAAUUAAAUCAAAUGAUGAUGUUUAAUUAG